CAUACCUAACUAGUAACUACAAUUUUAUUUGUACUUUCAGUAUUUUAGUUUUUCGUAUUAGACAUAUUUGUUUGGUACUUAUAUUUCAAUUUUUAUUUUAAAUCUAGUCUAGAUUGAAAAAAUGAACGCACCUAUUAUAAUGGACACGAUUAAUAAGGGUGUACACUUGUCCGGGGCUGCGUUAUUUUCAUAUGCACUGUAUUAUUACUAUACGUUUGUUAAUAUUCCUGCCCACCUGAAUCCUCUUGAUGAGGCUUUCGGAGGAAAGUUCAAAUACUUCACUUUUUGUGACUUGGCGAUCCAAACAUUGUACUAUAUGAUGGCCGUAUUAAUUGACCAACUCGCAUCCAAAACGUGUUCCGAUGGAACAUUGAAAACGUUGAACCGAUGCAAAAAUAUUUAUUUCACUGCUUUAGCCUUUCCUCUUUCGAUGUUUGUUGCCGUCAGUUUCUGGCCAAAGUGGUUGACUGACCAAACCCUCGUCAUGCCAAAGUAUUAUGAUUUGUAUUUUCCAGUUUGGCUAAACCACGUAUCAUAUGGUCAUGUUUUUCUCUUUGCAUUAUUGGAAAUGAUUACUGCCUAUAAAAAAUAUCCAAGCAGAGCAACGGGGCUGACUAUAUAUCUAAGUUUCCAAGUGUGUUAUUUUUUUUGGAUUAAUUUGAUAUUUUAUAAAACUGGAUUAUGGGUUUAUCCGAUACUUGAGAGAUUAAAUUUAAUAACGAGAGUGCUAUUCAUCGUUGCAAAUUUUAUUUAUGCACCAUUUACAUAUUUAGCUGGUGAAUAUAUAAAUAACUGGUAUUGGGGUGUAUCUAAAUACUCAAAGUCAUCGAAACAUACGGAUUAACAAAUUAUAUAAUUCUUUUUUUAUAAAAAAAUUUCAUUUUUAUUUGUAUUAGUUUAUAAUGAUGAAAAAACAUAUUGUACAUGUUAUGUGAGUAUAA